CUCCCCCACUCCAAGAUUGGAUCUUCACCUAGCAGUUAGCACAGCUCUUGCUUCUCCUGGCCACAACCUGGCUGCUCCUCUCGAUCUCUUCUCCGUUUCUUUGAUUCCAAGAUUCUACAUUCUCGUGUAUGUUGGUUGCCCGCUGCCUCCUACUAGUGGGUGUUCUGUGGGUUCAUUGGUAGUUGGAUGUGCAAGAACAAAGGGUGGUAAAUCUCGUCGGUUCUUGCUCUGGUUCAGAGACCAUUGCUUGGUCUGCUAGUAGUGCUUGUGAAGGGGACACCUUUCCUAGUCUGAUGUACUAGCAUUUGCUCCAAGUAUACUAGGGGCACUAGUAACCUGUCUCUGUGUGCUCUGAAACUGGUUCAGGAUUUCAUCCAUUCUGCUGCGCUUAGCAGGAAACUUUUGGAUGGGAGGUGAGCUGCUUACAAAUUGGGAAAUUAUGUGUGCUCUUCGGGCUCCUAGCUCUUCGCUUUGCCCGGAAGCAUGAUGUACUUCACAGCUGCUUUAAUGCAUACGUCUCUGAAUCAGUGGAAUCAUCUUGUGCCGUCAAGCAUGCUAUACCGCAGGUCUGCUGGUCAACUCUGAGCGCCGAAGAAGUUGAGACAUAUCGUGCUAUCUCUGGUGAUUUACCUUGCUCCUCUCUGCAAAUGGCGACUCUAGUCCGUCAUGAUUCCAAUUCCACACGCUACUCAUGGUUGUGGGUUAGCCAUAUCAGCCCAAAAAACUCUAAGUGGCUUCAGGAGAAUCUUACUGACAUGGAUAUGAUGGUCAAAGCGAUGAUCAAACUUAUCAAUGAAGAUGCUGAUUCUUUUGCAAGGAGAGCGGAAAUGUACUAUAAGAAACGCCCUGAGCUCAUGAAACAUGUGGAGGAGUUUUACAGGGCAUAUCGUGCUUUAGCAGAAAGGUAUGAUCAAGCUACUGGCGCACUCCGGCAGGCCCAUAGGACAAUUUCAGAAGAGUUUCCAAAUCAGAUGCCAUCAAUGUCUGACGAGUCGCCUUCCUCAAGCCAAGAAGUGGAGCCACGAACACCAGAAAUGCAGAUACCCUUACGGGCACCAUUCGAUCCUGAUGAUCUGCACAAGGAUGCACUUGGUGUGUCUCCACAGCUAUAUACCCUCAAGAGGCAUGGUACACACACUGAUGAGAUAAGUUCUUUGUCAAGUCGCAAAGGUCUCAAAGAGUUCAAUGAUUUGUUUUCUAGCUCUGACAGUAGCCAUCGUGUCAGUUUUUCUGAUGGGAAGGUACGAAAAGGCCUCACUUUUGAAAGCCCAGAUGCUAAAGGGAAACAAGAUGCAAGUGAUGAUAUCAUGAAUUUGCAAGAUGAAAUUUCCAAAUUAUUAGCAGAGAGCCAGAGUCUGAAGCAACAAAUUUCAUCAGAGUCUCAGCGGGCAGACAAUGCUGAGAGUGAAAGCCAAAGCCUUAAGGACAUCAUCUCAUGUUUGACUUCUGAGAAAGAUGCAGCCCUUCUACAGUACAGUGAAUCGACCAAAAGAUUGUCUGGUUUAGAGAUCGAGCUCUCUAAGGCACACAACGAACUGAAGAAACUCUCCGAUUAUAUGGCCAUGGAAGUUGAAAAUUUAAACAGCGCUGAAUCACGUAACAGCACAAUGCAAUUUGAGCUUGAGACUCUGGGCCAGAAGAUCAUGGUGCAGGAGCAAGAACUUACACAAAAUAGGCAGAAGAUGGAAACAUUCCACUUUAGUCUACAGGAUGAAAGCGCCAGGCGAAAACAGGCUGAAGAUGCUCUAUGCACAACAGUGAAGGACUGCACUAGAUCUCAGGAAGAGGCAAGUAGGUUGACUCUAGAAAUGGAGGCAGCAAAUGAUAGGUUGAGCGAGUUCAAGCAGAUGAAACUUAAUCUGGAGGACACAGUCAGCGAGCUGAAGAAUGAAGUUGUGAGACUGUCUGAACAAAAUCGUGUUUCUGAGCUUUUGAUAGAAGAACUUCGUAGUGACAAAGAUUGUAUGGUGGAUUCGAAGAGCAAAUUUGAGAGUGAGAUCCAUGCUCUUAGGAGCACUGUCUCACAAAUAAAUACUGAAAAAGAUGUGGCUCUGCUUCAGCAUCAGCAAUGUGUCGAGCAGGUGUCUGAUCUGGAAUCCAGGCUCUUGAAGGCAGAAUCAGAGCGGGAGAAGAUUGAACUGAAGGUACAAAUUCUGGUGCAAGAACUUGAGCAGAAGAAAGAAGAAGUUGGUGCCAUACAUGCUCGGCUGCAGGAUGAACACUUCAAUUACAUGCAAAAGGAAGCAGCUCUUCUUGCAAUGGAAGACCUGCAUUCUCAGUCUCAAGAAGAAGUUAAAAGGCUGGCACAAGACCUUGAACACUCGAACAUGAGAUUGAGUGACCUAGAAAAUAAGAACUUUAAAUUGCAGGACAUGUCGCAAGAUUUCGAGAGGGUGAUUUUGGAGCUAAAUUUUAAGAACAACGCAGCCUUUCUUGAACAGCAGAAGUCCUUGGAGAGAAUAUCAUGUUUGGAAGCUCAACUUUUGGCAACACAUUCGGCAAUGGAGAAGAUUGUAAAUAAAUCUCAGAUGCUGGAUCAAGAACUUGUACAGACGAAGAAACAAGUAGAUGUCCUUCAAAGUAGUUUGCACCAGGAAGAACAGAAAUACAUGCUUUCUGAAAAGACUCUUCUCACAGUGGAGCACCUACAUUUGCAGUCCCAGGAAGAAGCAAAGACACUAGCACAAGAUCUUGGAAGCUUAAGCAAGAAACUUAGAGAGGCUGAAAAUGAUAAGUUGGAUCUGCAGAACAUUUCGCGGGAACUCAAGAACACCAUUUCAGAUAUGAAUUCUGAGAAAAAUGCAAUGCUACUCCAACAGCAGCAGUCCUUGCAGAGAGUUUCUGAUUUAGAAGCAUAUAUUUUUGAUGUACAGUCAGAUCUGGAGAAAAAUAAGGAGAAAGUCCAGUUGCUAGAGCAAGAACUGGAAAACAUGAAAGAAGUGGUGAAUGGUCUCCAUAAAAAAUUGGAGGAGGAAGGUCAUAUACGGAUGCAUGCUGAAGCAGAACUUACCGUGGCGAAAAACCUGCAUUCCCAAUCUGAGGAAGAAGUGGGUCAUCUUGUCAUGGAUCUUCAGAAGUUAAAUGAUGAGUUAAGUGAAGUGCAGGACAGCAAUCUUAUUGUGGAAGAUUUAUUAUGUGAACUUAUGAACACCAUCUCUGUUUUGAAUACCGAAAAAGAUGCAGCACUUGUUCAACUACAGCUGUCCUUAGAAAGAGUAACCGAUUUGAAGUCAGAAGUCUCAGAGACACGGUUGGAGGUGGAGAAGACUGAGCAGAAGUUGCAGAUGCUGGAGCAAGAAUUUGCUCAGAAGAAUUUCAUGGUGGAUAUUCUGCAGUCAAGUUUGCAAGAUGAGAGCAAGAAACGUGUGGAGGCUGAGACAUUGCUCAUAUCAAAUGAGAAUCAGUAUGUCCAGUCACAGGAAGAAGUAAAUAGAUUGUCCCUGGAGAUUGAGACGCUGGAGAGGAAGCUGAAUGAAGUGGAGAACCUAUCUUUCGAGCUUAAGAACACCAUCUUGCUUCUGGAUUCCGAGAAAGCCACAACUCUUCUUCAGUACAAGCAGUCAUUAGUAAAAACAUCCGAUCUGGAAUCUAAGCUUUCAGGGGUGCAGAUUGAACUAGAGAACGCUGAACAACAAGUGCAAAUGCUUGAUAAAGAACUCGAGCAGAAGAGAGAAGAGGUUGAUAACUUGGCGACUAGCCUGAAAGAGGAAGCCCAAAAGCAUACAGAGGCUGAAACAGCUCUUCUGACAAUAACUAAUCUAUACUCUAAUUCUCAGGAAGAAACGAACAGGUUAGUCCUUGAGAUUAACAUGCUGAACAGAAAGUUGAAUGAAGUGGAAAACGUGUCUUCGGAUCUUAAGAACACCAUCCUGCUUCUGGAUUCCGAGAAAGCCACAACUCUUCUUCAGCACAACCAGUCCUUGGUGAGAGUAUCUGAUCUGGAAUCUGAACUCUCUGGGGUGCAGACUGAACUAGAGAAUUCUGAGAAAAAAGUGCAAAUGCUUGAUAAAGAACUCGAGCAGAAGAGAGAAGAGGUUGAUAGCUUGGCGACUAGCCUGAAAGAUGAAGCCCAAAAGCAUACGGAGGGUGAAACUGCUCUUCUGACGAUAACUAAUCUAUACUCUAACUCUCAGGAAGAAGUGAACAGGUUAGGCCUUGAGAUUAACAUGCUGAAUAGGAAGUUGAAUGAAGUUGAAAAUGUGUCUUCAGAGCUUAAGAACACCGUCUUGCUGCUUAGUUCUGAGAAGGACACAUGUCUUCUUGAGCACAAGCAGUCCUUGGUAAGAGCAUCUGAUCUGGAAUCUAAACUCUGUGGAGUGCAGACUGAACUAGAGAAUUCUGAACGAAAAGUGCAAAUGCUUGAUAAAGAACUCAAACAGAAGAAAGAAGAGGUGGAUAACUUGCUGACUAACCUAAAAGAUGAAGCACAGAAGCACAUUAAAGGUGAAGCCUCUCUUCUCGAGAUGACAAAUCUGCAUUCUCGGUCUCAGGAAGAAGUCAAUAGGUUGGUUUUGAAGAUCGAGAGGCUGAAUGGAAAAUUGAAUGAGAUGGAGAACACUAAGGUGGACCUUGAGAACACGAUAUCCAAGCAUGCAGAGGGCAACCGUAUCCUUGGUGAACAAAAUCUUUCUUCUGAAUUAAAUAUCAGAGGCCUUAACGAUGAAUUGGAUAUGUUAAAGGAAAUGAAAAGGAAUCUUGAGAACGAAGUGGGCCUCCACAUUGGUGAGAAGGAAAUGCUUCAAAGUCAAUUGGCCCAUCAGAAAGAAGACACAGAAAUUCUGGUGAAGCAGUACUGUUCACUGGAACAUGAGAUGGAUGCAGUAAACAGAAGAGCAGCAACACUCCAGCAGUUACUUGAUAAAAAAGUAUUUGACAUGGAGAAGCUGUCAGUCGAGUAUUUGACCUUGAAGAAAUCAUUUUCAAAUGCAAUUGUUGAGACGGAAGCCCUCAAGGAGAUCGUAAAAGAACUGGAAGCUUCAGAAAGCUCUCUGAAAUAUGAUAUUUCCUUGUGCAGUUCUGAGAAGGAUACUCUGGCACUAGAACUGCAUACCUUUAAUAAAAAGUAUGCUGAUAUUUCGGAGCAAAAGUCCAUGUUGGAGACUUCAUUGUCUAACAGGAAUUCUGAGCUUGAUGAAUUGGUAAUGAAGUUAAAAGAUUCAGAAGAAUUGUCUCAGUCUUAUCUUGCCAAUAACUCUGCUAUUCUUGUUGAACAGGGCAAUAUUCUUUCCCAGCUGGAGGGCACAACACUGGCUUUGAAAUCUCUAGAGCAUGAGCAUGCUGAACUGGGCGGCAAGCACUCAUCCCUGGUAUCGGAGAAAGAUCUCUUAUAUAGUCAACUUAGGAAUCUACAAGAUCAGGUGGAAAUUAAAAAUGAACAGCAUGAAGCUUUCCUCAGGUUACACCAAAUGCAGAUAAAUGACUUUGAAGCGACAGUUUCUUCUAUGCAUGAGAAAAUCUGUCAUAUGGAUCACAUGCUUGACCAAGAGCAGCAAGAAUGUACAUAUGCUUCUAUCAGUGCAUUGGUCCUUCAUAAAAGUUUGGCCGAUACAAAAGAUAAAAACGUUGCCCUUUUUGAUGAAUGCCAGAAGUUCAUAAAGUCUACUCAUUCUGCAGAUAUACUAAUAGCACAGCUUGAGGAGGAAGCAAAAAAUGAAGAAGAAGAGAAGAAAGCAUUGUUGGAACACAGUAAGAAAUUAAUGCAUGGGAUCUCACAGCAAAUUAAGAUCCUUGAUAUUUGCAAGGACUUGGGACGCCCUGGUGUGGUUCAUGAUGAAGUUAUGCUGCAGGCUUUGUCUCGUGAAACUUUAAACCAUGUAAAGCAUACAGAGGAGAGCGAACAUAGAAAUGUCUGCAUGGAGGCUGAGCUAUCUGUUCUUGAAACAAUCCUUGCACAAAUAGUAAGUGAUUUCAGAGAUUUGCACCUGCAGAAGUGUAAACUUGAGAAAGAAGUGGAGACAGGAGCUGCCGAAUUGCUCUUUUUGCGAAACAAAAAUCACAACCUUAUUGAGUUGAAUGAACAUCUGGGGCAAAGGUUGCAGCAAAGCAGUGAAAUUGAGGAGACAUUGAAGAUUGAACUCACUAGUGGCAUGACACAGUUGAUGGAGAAGGAUGAUAAGCUACGCAAGGCAGAUGAGACGAAUCAAUUCUUGCAGGAGACAAACCAGGAAUUGUGCAAAGCUCUCAGGGAUCUUGAGGCUUCUGUUGAAGAUGCAAAAUUGGUAAAAGGUGAACUUGAGAAGAAAAUCACAACGCUAACUGAACAAGGUGCUGUAAGAGAUGAUGAUUUUCUUCUUCUUUGUGAAGCUAAAGUAGUGUUGCAAGGAGAGGUUGACAUCCAUAAGCAGAAGGAAGAAAGUUUGAUGUCUACACUUGAGAUGGCGAAAAAAGAGGCUGACCAACAUGAAAGAGAAAUUGUUUCACUCGUGAGUGAUAUGAUAACUUGUUCUGUGAAUGUCAUGAUCUAUGAGGAACAUUUACUUGAGCUAAUGAUGGAAUGCGAGGCUCUUGAGAUAGGAAUGAUUACUGAAAAGGGAAUGCUAAUGGAAGAAAUCUCCUCAAGGGAUGCUUAUGUUGAUGAGCUGCACAGAAGGAUUGCCAGCAUGGGAGGAGAAAAUGAAGAACUUAAGGUGGAGAUGAGCGCAUAUGUGCCACUUGUAGCAUCUCUGUCUGCUCAGAUAACCAUACUGGAAGAAGGAACUCAUUUACUUUCAGAACUUAACAAAGAAGGAAAAUCGGAAUUUGUGCAAGAUGACAAACGUGGUUCAGAGUUUCCAGGCAAACCAUCAGGAGUUUUGGAGUUGCAAAGCUUAAUUGCAAGAGUCGAAGCACUCCGAGUUGUAAUAUUAGAUGUCAAGGAUCGCAGAGAUAAGGAGUUCAAUGAAUCUGCUGCUAAAUUGGAAUUGGCGAAUCUAGAAAUUCAAGAUCUUAAAACAAGAAAAGACUCAUGCAUUGGACACAAGGAACAAUACAUGGAGAACGAUAGGCAAAACUAUGACGCUGAUAACUCAAAAGGGAAGCAAGCACAGAUCAUGAAAGAUAUUGAGCUUGAUCAGGUAUCUACUUGCCCACCAUAUGGCACUGGAACCACCGUGUACCCUCUUGGUGGCGAUGCAAAUGCAGAACUUGAUGAUGAGAUGCUUCAGCUAUGGGAGACUGCUGAGAAGGAUUGCAAGAACCAAACAGCCAAAUCUUCAUCGUCUGAACAUGAUAUUCAAGCUGUGGAGGAGGUGAAGAGUCAAUACCCUUCCUUUCAACUAGCGAGAGGAGAUGACAGACUCGAUAUAUCAACAGCAUCCCUGGAACCUCAGCAACUAUGGACCAAAAAUGUCCUUGAGAAGCUCGCUACUGAUGCUCAGGGGCUGUUAAUCAUCCAAGCAAGCAUUGAGGAGGUGAAGCAGAAAAUCGAAGGAACAUCGCAUGGAAAAUCUCCCUCGAGCUCAGAGUACAGCAGCAUCAGAGCUCAGCUGCAGGAGAUCGAGGGUUCUGUCUUGGAACAGAUAGGUUUCAAUAACAGUUUGACAAAGAAGGCUGAGAAUUAUCCUGAAUUUGAGGCAAGUGCUGAGCUAGAAGGCUAUUCCAGUAGAAGGAAAAUCUCUGAGCAGGUGCAGAAAGGAUCAGAGAAAGUUGCGAGGUUAGACCUUGAACUUCAGAAGAUACAGUAUGUCUUGCUGAAGCUCGAGGAAGAGCACGAGUACACAAGGGUCAAAGUCUCCGAGAAGCGUUCACGACUGCUCUUGAGGGAUUACGUGUAUGCUAGAAAGGACAAAGUUGAUGUCGGGCAGAAGAAGAAGAGCAGGGUGCCCUUCUGCGGUUGUGUGCGUCCCAGGACAAUAACUGAUGAGCCUUAACCAUUUUGUUCUGUAGGCAGCAGGAGAAAGAAGCUCUAGAAGUCAUCCCAACAGCCUCAUGUUCUUACUACUUUUCGGUGACAUAAAGUAAUGUUUUUAGGAUCUCUUCUGUAAUGAGUUCGGAUGAUAAUGUUAACAAGGAGCUCAUGCAUUCAGAGUUUU